CUUAAAUGACAACCAACAACAACCGACCUCUUCUCCCUCUUCUCCUAACGCUAAUUAUAAUGACAAUGAAAUUCCCCAAGAAUUGCCUCAAGAAUUUGAAUCUAUUGGACAAGCAAUAAUUCCUAUGGCUGUAGUCCCUGAAAUUAUUAACAUAAUCCCUGAAGUUCAUAUCAUUGAUGAAAAUUCUAUCAGUUUCAGUGAUAGCUUCAAUGGCAACCAAUAUUAUUAUUCUAGUGAACAACAUCCAUAUGGUGAACAACCUCCAUAUUUGUAA